GUUUACAACAAGACAAUCACUUGAAGAUUCGGGUCGAGCCAGGCUUAUUUGAAUGGACAAAGUGGGUUGCUGGGAGCACGUUACCAGCAUGGAUACCUCCAUCAGAGUUAGCUGCAGCCAACCUGAGUGUUGAUACAACCUACAGACCUCACAUUCCAGUCAGCAAAUUGGUGAUAUCCGAAUCCUAUGACACCUACAUCAGUAGAAGUUUCCAGGUGACAAAAGAGAUAAUAAGUGAAUGUAAAAGCAAAGGAAACAACAUUCUGAUUGUAGCCCAUGCAUCUUCCCUCGAAGCCUGUACCUGCCAACUCCAAGGCCUGUCCCCUCAGAACUCCAAGGACUUUGUACAAAUGGUCAGGAAGAUCCCAUACCUAGGCUUCUGUUCCUGUGAAGAAUUGGGAGAAACUGGAAUAUGGCAGCUGACAGAUCCACCUAUCCUCCCGCUUACCCAUGGACCCACUGGGGGCUUCAACUGGAGAGAGACUUUGCUGCAAGAAUAAGCCACCUGAGCAAUGGGAAGAAUUGGCCUAUUGCAGAUGAGUUCUCGGAUGUUCAGGAGCAGUGGGAAAACCAAUACUGCAUUCAAAGUGGACAGCUCAGAAUCAUUUAGCAUAUUUCUUUUUACGCUUAGGGGUCUUACAGUAAGACUGUGUCAAUGAGAGAAAGGCAUGAUUCAGAAGGAGAAAACAAAACCCAUCUUCUCUGGACUUGCCUAGCUAACAUGGCUUUGGAGAAUUGUCUUCCUAAGCUGGGGCACCAGCUGCAGCAGAGACUACCACCCUUCUUCAGGCUAUGCAUGGCUAAAGAGCCUCAUUCUUCUCCCAGAGAGCUACCCCCACCCUCAGGAGACAUGCAAGGGGAAGGACUGUGCCUUGAAUCCAACUGGGGAUGGGAUAGUCUUUUGGACUCCAUUUGCAAGUUAGGCAUAGCCAUGCAGUGGAGUGCUUUGAUGGUUAUUAAAAACCAUAAAAAAAUAGUCCUUGGGGCAUAGAACAGAGUCCACCCCCAGAAGACUCCAUUCACUAGUGUGCAAGGCACCUGCUUGAAGACUCCAACCUUCACCCUGGUACCGUCACUUCAUCUCUAGAGCAGCCUGGCCCUCCGUGCUUCUAUCUGUGAAAUGGGGAGAGAAACACUUUUGCUCUCCAAAGCACUUUGAGAUACUCAGGGGGAAAUAAAGAAAAUGGGGAACUCUUGAGUGGGAGGUACAGGGACUUGCAGAAUAUUAAUCAAGUUUAAAUUACCCCUGUGAUAGCCCGAUGAGCUGUGAGAUCCCUCAGCCAGUCUGAAUCAAGAUCUGUCUUUCCACCCAGGCUCUAGACUGUGUUAAGCAGUUAAGGAGAUUGAGAUCUGGAAGGAUGGAUGUUCCAUUCUUUUUUUUGAAUCAGCAAGAAACUCCUUCUGUGCAAUAUGAAUAUUUCUAGAAGCUAUACUGAUGGUCGAGUUGUACGCAUAUGGUCUGUGUCAACUGUAGCAGAGCAUCUCUAGGUAAACAAAUUCUAGGGUGUUUAAGGAAGUCAGGGGACUGACUUGAAUGAUGGCAGUCACAACUGCACUGCUCCUUUUGCUGUCCUCUUUGUUUGCUUUUCUGUGAUAAUUUAAAAUAGAUGGAAGGUAGGGCUGCUUGGAGGGCAUUGAGAGUCGCAGCCUGUCUGUGGACUCUCAUCACGCCUGCUUCAUGUAUUUAGAGAGAGUGUGUGUAUUUAAAAAAGAAUAAAUGACAAUCAAACCAAAAUGUCACUCA